AUGGCGGUGUGCUGGACGUUUUCUGCUGCUCUAGCCUGCCUUCUUGCUGUCGAUGGUAAGGAUUUUUCAGUGGUUGAAUGAAAAAGUAGAAGCAUUAUGCUUAAUUUUACGGUCAUAAAUUUUGAAACUUUCAGUAUACGCCCAAUCCAGCAACGUUUCGAAUUGCGUGGAUUCAGAUGCAAAAUGUCCAUUAUGGGCGUCGCAAGGAGAAUGUCAAAGCAAUGCCGUUUGGUAAGGGCAGGGGAAUAAUAAAAAUGUUGUAGAAACUUGUUAAAUCAAGCACUAUCAGUCUGUCGGAAAAAUAACGGCGGAUCGUCGCGCCUCGGAAUCGCCCAUCGUCGCUCUGCGACUGAAAGCCGCGGCUGGGGAUUUGGUGCGCGAUAGCGGCGCGGCGAGACAUUCUGCUGCGACAUUUCGGCGUUAUUUUCCCGACAGACUGAUAGUACAACGAAGCCUCCCUAUAACGAUCGCUUCCAGAGGCCCCAAUUUAUCUUGAUUCAACGCAAUUUUUUUAUAACCAAUACAUUUUUGUUGUCCCUUUUAGUUGUAAAGACAUUGACUGUACAUAUUUCAUAUCUUUGUGACAGCAACAAAGUAUUUCCCGCCCAAAAAUGGCAAUAAUUGCUUGAAUCGACGCCUUUUUUAGGAUGAUGUCCAACUGCCGCCGUUCCUGUCAAAGUUGCCAAGGAGGUGAUCAGGCUUGGAAAUUGAGAUCUCAAAUCACUCAAAAUUACGAUAACUCCACUCAAAAUGUAACAAAGUUGGUAACAGUUGAGAGCGUUCGUCUGAAUCAUGUGGAGAUUGUAGGUUGAAAACAAGCAAAACUUUUCUAACAAACAUUGUUGAGUAGUAGAACGGUCUAGUAUUAAUGAAUGCGUUUCAGGACGAAUCGCGGCAAUUGGUCCGCGUUUUUGGCCGGCUUGUGAUGUCAUGGAAUGACUCCAAGAUCACCUGGGACAAGGAUCAAUGGGGAAUUUCUUGGCUCAACUUUUAUUGGAUUCAGAUCUGGACCCCUCAACUGGUGCAGAUCAACGCGUAAGAUUUCAUUUUUAAAACUCAUGUCUGCGGUAGUUCACAAAUAACUAACUUUACGCUUUUCAGUCCCUCCACCCAGCCGGGCACAGUGCAAGGCAAAGUUUUGGCCGCGAAUUACACUGGCCAAGUCUACAUGUGGUCGGACUUCAGCUUCACCGCCCCAUAUCACUUUGAAUACAAUGAUUUCCCCAAUGAUUAUCAAAAGAUUUGCUACAAAUUCGAUGACAAAAGAUACUUCACCGUGAGGUUCAAGGUGUCUCCAGAAGUCAAGGACAGGAGUCAUGAAGCCAUCUCGGAAACCCACAUUACUGGGUGGAAUAUUGUAGACAUGACACUGACAGUAAGUCUGUUAACGUUGUUUAUUAAUAUCAUCUCACUUCAGGACAGUCAAUAUGUGAUCCAAGUGCUCGGCGAUUGGAAAAAGAAUCCAUUCGAUGUGCAGACCAAUAACUGCGAGCUUUGUGUAACCUUGAAGAGAAACGCCGUCUAUUAUGUGGCAGAGAUGUUGUUGCCGGCCUUGGUGAACACCUUGAUCACGCUGAGCUCGAUCUUCUUCCAAUUGUCCAAAGUCCAGCCAACAUUGUUGGCGUUCUCUAUUGGAACUCAGAUCCUGUCGCUGAUCUUGAUAAACAGCAGAUUGCCAAACUUCAGCAGCUCAACUCCGACGAUUUGUAAGUUAGGGGCUUUCAGAUUUCUUUUCCAGCUAGCUUGCCGCUUGUUUUUCAUCAAAAUCUAUGCGUUUAUUUUUGAUAACGUUCCUUUUUAUCCGAUUUUUUGACCAAAAAUUACAGGGUGCGGCAUCUUUGUGACCCGAUUUGAACUUCCUAUAACUUCUUUAGUUUUUGGCCAAAUCUUAAAAUUCGUUUUUUCCCUGAAUCCUCAGACAACCCCAUUUUGUUUGAUACCAAAUAUGUUAUACAUUGAUACGUGUCAUCUACAGUUAUUGGAUUUAUUCUUGCAGUUCAUUUUUUCGGUUCCAAUUCAAAUCGGGCCACAAAGAUGCCCCACCCUGAAUUACAAUCUGCCCUAUUUUGAUAACAAUUAUGAUCAGAUUGUUUAUAAUACUGAUUACUUACAGUGUCCUACGCUGCGUUCAACUUGGCGAUCACCUCGAUCCUAUUCAUCACCUCCCUUGCCCUCCGGCGUCUCUCCCAAUCCACCUCCAACAUCCCUCCUCCGAACAUUAUCAACCGUAUUGUGGACCUGGUGGAGACGGUCCUUCCCCUUCCUCAGCCCACCAAAGACGCCGAGGACUCGCAGAGCAGCCAUUACAGUCGGGUAGCGCACGUGUUCAACAACCUCAUCUACGGGAUCGUGGCUUGUUUGUACAUUGUGAUCAUCGUGUUCUCAUUCCUCUUCUAG